GUAGGAACUAGUAGGAGUAGCAGCUGUCUUCAUUUUCCUUUUUCCUUUUCCCAAGUGUGAACACUGACCAAAAUUUUCUCACCUCCACACCUCUCUUUAUUAUUUAUUAUCCCAUUUCCCUUUUCUUUUCAAUCACAAUCCAAUUUCAGUCUUCAAUCUGCUGACAAAAUUUGACUCUUAAAAUAAAGAAUAGUACUUUCAUAUUCAAAAAUUCUCUUUCUUAUUCCUCAGUACUAAAAAUCACACUCUCUUAUUAUUAUUAUUGUACCAUUACUAUGGCCAAAUCGGAAACCACAAACGCCGGCUGUUUUUCCGGCGUUCUCCGGCGAAUGUUGUGCACAGGAAACGUUCCCACACACCCAUCUGAAAAUAUCAACGAUUCAGUUCCAAACCCAAGUGAGUUGUUGUUCAAAUCUUUUCCGGUUAAGAAGAACAAGCCUGAAAUUCAAGGCCAAACCAGUCCUGGCGUGGUGGCGAGGCUAAUGGGUUUGGAUUCUCUACCUGCGGACACAAAAUGGGUCCCCAAGGAACGAAGUCAACGAGACUCUUUCUGUCGAAGCAAGUCAGUCAAUUUUGCGGAUUACAUGCUCAACUUCGACACAGCCGACGCUCACCAUCGUCGUGUGAGAACUUCAGUGUCGUUUCGUGAGAGUCCAGUGUCGUUUCAGCAACAAAGUGGAGAUUUUGUUGUCGUUUAUUUGGAUGAUAAGAAGAAAACGACACCAAAAGUGGAGAUGGGUUUUGGAGAAUCAAAGCAGGGGAAGGUGAAACAGAGGAGUAAGAAGAAGAAGGAAUUAGAAGAGAAUAAUGUUGUUCAUAAUAAGAUUUCUAAGUUGAAAAAUGAGCCAAGGAGAAAAAUUAUUACACCACCACAGGAGAAUUAUCGAAACGAGUGUAGUGGUGUGAAAUUAAAGGCUUUGAAGACUGAAAAUAGAAAGAAAGCUCCGGAAAAAUUUGCUAAGAAGAGAAAAAAUUCCCAUGCAAGUAAGAAAAUUCAACUAGAUGAGAAGAACAACAACCCAGAAAAUACUAUCUCUGAUUCUUUUCUUGAUGAGGUUUAUGAUCUUCUUAUUCAACAUGAAACUUUGUUUUCAGGAGAAAAGUUAAGGUCAGAAAAUGGAAGAGAUUAUGGUGAAAUGAAGGAGAGGAACUUGGUUGAGGAAUGUAUAGAGCUUGCAGAACAACUUGGGAAGUUAACAGAAGAAGAUUUGAUUGAGUCAUAUUGGAGUUGUUGUUCUAAGAAUGAAAGAAAGCUUAAUUUGGAAAUGUUUGAAGAAAUUUCAAUGGAUUUUGAGCAACCUAUUCUUGAUUUGCUACUUAAUGAGGUUAUUAGUGAACUAGUUGAAAUUUCUCAUUAAGUAGAUCAUGAUUCAUGAUUCACGAUCAUGUUGUUUUUUGGGUUCUUAACUUCAUGAAAAUGCUACUUGUUUUCUUGUGUAUACAUCAAUAAUUUCUUCUAGGGUAAUGAUAUGUGCACUUUUUGUACCAAAACGCUUCACUUACUAAUGCUUUUAUGUUUUUAGAAAUGCUUAAUGACACUCUAGUAAUUAUGUGUGAGGUGUAAUAUUGAUAUUGGUGUACUUUAAUAUAGGUUUAGACACUUUGGUGCCUAUGCUCUUAUA